AAUCUUGUAUAUUUACGGCAUACUGAUACUAUUUCAACGCCGCGUAAUCAUGACGAAAUUUGUGGGAAUCGGGAAACUGGACGAUUGUGUACCCCAUAUCUCUGGAUGGUGAAAAAGAUCAGGUUGACAGCUGUGUACGCUCCACACCGUUCUCAGAAAGAGCAUGAACAGCUUUGUACGCCCAACACUGUUCUUGAAGUACUAUAA